AUUAUACUAAUUUGUCAAAAAAAAUCUGGCAUCUCUGCGUGUAAUUUAAAAACAUCAUCAACAAAAACAUAUGCUGUCAGAUCAGAUGCUGUUUACAUUUGUCUAUCUAUAUCCAAAAAUGGUGGUUAACGAAUUGUCUACACGUGCCAAAAAAAAUUCUUGUAAUAUGAUUACGUCCGAUAAUGUGGAUAAUUCAUGUUUAUCCAACGCAAGCAAAAAAAUAGUGUUACUAGAAAGAGAACUCAAAUUUGUACGAACACUUGCUGGAAACAACGUUAAAGUUCGUCGAAAGGUUUUUAAGAAUCUCAAAACAUGGUUAGCAACACGCAGUCAGAGUACUUUUGCCUUCACAGAUACGGAUUUUCUACGGUUAUGGAAAGGAUUAUUUUAUUGUAUGUGGAUGGCAGAUAAACCGCUUACACAAGAAACUCUAGCUGAUGAUAUCGCCUCUUUGGUCAGAUGUUUUGAUAAAUUACACAUUUCUCUUCAGUAUUUUGGAGCGUUUUUAGAAACAAUGUGUAUAGAGUGGUUUGGAAUUGAUCAUUGGAGGAUGGAUAAAUUCAUGAUGCUGGUUCGACGGUGUACCCGACAGUCGUUGAUGCUUUUACAUGAGUCUGGUUGGUCGGUCCAAAGUGUGAACAUCUUCAUGCAACAAAUUGAGAAAACCAUUCUGAAUAUCGAUAAAUGUCCAUUUGGAUUAACUAAACAUUUCAACGAUUUAUUUUUGGAAGAGGUAGCGAAAGUCAGUGAAGGUGAUAUUACAGAUGAAGCAAUGCAGACGAUCGUUAAACCUUACGCUAUUUGUUUGCUCAAAACGAAUGAUAGGAGAAUGAUUAAACAUAUUACUUCAAGCAUAUUUCAUUAUUUGUUAUAUCAGUCUGAGCUUGGACAGACUUAUCAGGAGAAAUUCGACCUGUGGAAAAACACAAACUUUGUGACCGGUAAUAUUGAUGAUGUGGAUUAUGAAAUAAGGUACGAAUAUGAAAAUAGCGAUGAGAAGGAUGAUGAUAGUGAGCAAAAAGAAAGGGUAUAUGAUCCUCGAGCUGGUCAAGUGGAUGUCGUCAUUAAUGCAAUCAAGUUCAAUGCUUUGAAAAUUGUCGAAAUUUUUGAAAAUAAUCGAUAUAAAUCGUUCGUUACAUCGAAAGGAAAAAAGCAAAUGAAAAUGCUUGUGAAACAAUUUAAAAAAUUUGACUCCGGAGUUUUUCCACUUGGAUUCCAAUCGGUAGCUAGUAUUGCUGAAAAAGACUAUGCUGUGGAUAUUGAUGAACAAGUUGCAGAAUUAGAGAAUUGUCAGAGAAAAUCUGAAGAUAAAGUAAAGAAGAAAAACAAAAUUGAGAAGCCAAAGCAAACAACUCCUAAUGAUGAGUCUAAAGUUUGGAUUGAAACUGACAUUGGCAAGGAAAAAAACAAUCAACAAAAAAUAGUUGGCAAAACCAAAAUAAAUAGGAAGAACAAGAAACCAACAAAAACGCAGCUUAAAGAAAAAUUAUUAGGUCGUCUAAAAGAAAAACGAGAAAAAAAAAUAAAGGAUAUUAAGGAAGCGAAAAUGCUUGAACAGAAAAUCACAGUUGAUGGUGAGGAUUAUUUUAGAAAACCAAUUGCAUCCAAAAAACAACCCCUAGUUGAAAAAAGCAAGUCAGAAAAAACGUUCAAGAUUGCGGAUGAAUGGCCAGAAAGCUCACAACACGUCGAAAAAAACUCUUUUAUUCCAUUUAGUGAAGUAAAUAGUAAAAAGUUUGAUAAUAGGCAGGUGUCAGGGUCUAACAAUUUACUUACUACGCCCAAAAAUAAAGGAAAAUCAUUAAAGCGCACAGUAUCAUUGACUGGUGAAACUACAAAAUUGAAAAAACGAGUGAAGAUAGCUCUUAAUAAAAACGUAUCUCAAGAGUUACAGCAGCACAUAGCACAGGUGGAAAGUUCUCCUCAAUUACCUUACGAUUCAACAAAAAAACCAACUAAAGCAGCACUAAAACCUAAUUUGUUACCAAGUCCUAUCAACCCAUUUUACCGAAAAAAAAUCGGCCUGAAAUUAAACGAUACAUUGUAGAAACAUUGCUAUUUGUACGCAUGGAUAUUAAAAAUAUAUCAAAAUGUAAUUACAGUA